AUGAUCUCCCAAGUCGCUCUCUUAUUAUCGCUCGUCGCCAACAUGGCGGCUGCGCACACUCUGGAUAUCCCUACCCGAUCUGGCGACAUCAUCGCACUGCCCAAGCCUAGCGUCAUCACUGGAUACGAGGAUUUUGGCAACAAGGAGUUCGACCGUGGCCACCCAUGCAACUCGGAUGACGAUACUGGCAGCGAGAAUGCUGUUUUCAUCCUCCAAGAUGGCGCGUCCAUCUCCAAUGUCAUUAUUGGUGCUGACUCGCUUGAAGGCGUUCACUGCUUGGGCUCUUGCAACCUGACCAACGUCUGGUUCCGUGAUGUCUGCGAAGAUGCAAUCUCCAUCCUUGGCCCUGGUGAUUCUCUCAUUGUCGGCGGGGGAGCACAAAACGCUAUUGACAAAGUUGUCCAGCACAAUGGUCCUGGAAGUGUUACCAUCCGCAACUACACCGUCGUCAAUGCCGGUAAGCUCUACCGCUCGUGCGGUGACUGCACCAACAACAGCAAGAAGUCUCCCCGUAAAGUCAUUGUCGAGAAUGUCAGGGCCUUUGGCCUGACCUCUGACUUGAUUGGCAUCAACUCCAACUUCGGUGAUACUGCAACGAUCAGCGGCUCUUGCGGAAGCACCAAAAUGGUCUGUGGAGAGUACAAGGGCGUCGACAAGGGUAACGGCAAAAGCGAGAGGAUCUCCACCCAGGACCAAUGCAACGGUGAGCAGGGCAAACUCCAGAAGCUCCCAGAUACCCAGGCUGCCGCUACCACUCUCGUCACCAAGGCCUAUGCUGAGCCAACUCCUGUUAAGUCAGCUCCUGCCGAGCCAACUCGUGUAGAGUCAACUCCUACCGAGUAUGAUAUGUAA